CGGCGUGAACGACAGCGGCUAAGCUAGAUGGUACUUCGACUCGGCAGCUAACGUUGGGCAUUUGGACUUCCAAAGGAAGAGAUAUUUAUUUUUCUCAUUGUUGAGUCAGACUGUACCACCAUGGCUCUUUACGAAUAUGUCACUCAGGAGCAGCUCGCGGGCUUCGACAAAUACAAGUACAGCGCAGUGGACUCAAAUCCCCUGUCUAUCUACGUCAUGCACCCUUUCUGGAACUUUGUAGUGAAGUUUCUACCAAGAUGGUUGGCUCCAAACCUUAUUACAUUCACAGGCUUUAUGUUUCUUGUGUUGAACUUCCUCAUGUUGGCCUUCUACGACUUUGACUUCACUGCCUCUGCUGCAGGUCAUGAACACGUGCCUAGUUGGGUCUGGGUUGCUGCAGGGAUCUUCAACUUCUUGGCCUAUACACUUGACGGCGUCGAUGGUAAGCAGGCGCGUCGCACCAACUCCUCCACACCACUAGGGGAGCUGUUUGACCACGGCCUGGACAGCUGGGCCUGCAUCUUCUUUGUGGCCACCGUAUACUCCAUAUUUGGGCGUGGCGACAGCGGCGUGAGUGUGGCCACACUGUAUUACAUCCUGUGGGUGGUGCUGUUCUCCUUCAUCCUGUCUCACUGGGAGAAAUAUAACACUGGCAUCUUGUUCCUGCCCUGGGGAUACGACAUCAGCCAAGUGACCAUCUCCCUCGUUUACUUGGUCACUGCUGUGGUCGGCGUGGAAACGUGGUACCAGCCAGUCCUGUUUCGCUUCCUCUACAGAGACCUUUUCACCUUUAUGAUCAUCGCUUGUUCCUUCACUGUGACAUUACCCAUGAGCCUCUAUAAUGUCCUGAAGGCUUACCGCAGUAACACUCUGAAGCACAGCAGCCUGUAUGAGGCCUUCCUGCCCUUCCUUUCUCCCGUCCUCCUCUUCAUCUUGUCCACCAGUUGGGUGGUGUACUCUCCAUCCAACAUCCUCGAGCAGCAGCCCAGGAUCUUCUACCUCAUGGUGGGAACAGCAUUCGCUAAUGUCACGUGUAAGCUGAUUGUGUGUCAGAUGAGUAACACGCGUUGCCAGGCGCUGAGCUGGCUGUUGGUGCCCAUGUUGGUGGUGGUGCUGUUAGCGGUCACAGGGGUGGUCGCCAACGAGAUGCUACUGCUGCAUCUGUGGACAGCCGCUGUCAUACUAGCACACAUACACUACGGUGUAUCAGUGGUCCAACAGCUCAGCAGCCACUUCAACAUCUUUGCCUUCUCCCUGAAGAAGCCCAACAGUGACUGACAGGAGGAGGAACGAAUCGGCUUGAAAGGAGCGGAGGUUUAAGCUCCUCCCCUCCUCUACGCUACCGACACUUCACCCUUAUCACCACGGAAAACGCAUCCCCUCCCCUCCAUCCAUGAGGACGCCGCAAGUGGAAUGGACCAAUGGCCCUCUUUUCUACGGUCACCAAACACACAUAAAGAUACAACGCGCGCACACAGUCCUGACCAACCAACCAAACUCCGGUCUCGGCGAUGGGGGCGGGCCCAGGGGCUCUGGCUUCCGUCAUUGGUGAUUGGCUAACUUGGUUGAGCCAAUGAGGUGCAAUUGUUUCCUACGGAAAUGUGCUUCAGUCGUGAGGACAGGAGCCCUGACGAGCCAUGCAAACACACACACUCAUACAUGAACACAUGUUAUUCUGCUUUCAUGCAGAUAAUUUAUAUCUCGUGGCAGGUAUUUCAAGACAAACACAGCCACACACACACACACACACACACACCAACAGUUGCACUCACAUAGUAUUAUGAAUGUAUAGUAUGCCUUGGGGAAACGCCAUUUCAGUUUACUGCAUCAACAGGAAUGCCUAAAGUAGUGCUGUUUCAAACCUGACCAAGCCUCUGAACUCUGGCUACAUGUGGCUCACACAUCCACAGCUGUGUCCAGAGUUUAAAGGUUCAGUCACCUGUUGAUUAUCCGAUGAUUUUCAUUUGGAAAUCUCGGUGAUAUAUGUUAAUAAUUAUAUAUACUGUAUGUGUUAAUGGGGUUUGGGGGCAUUUUAUUUUAAACGAAAUGAAACUUUAAAAAAAGGAUUGGUCCUGUUAAACAUUGUAUAAACUUCCCUCUAAUAAUUCCACAUUCAGCUCUGUAAUGACGGCUACCACGAGCAGGCUGAGUUGAAUAAUGACCAACCGAUCAACCGUGGCAAGAACUGACUAGGGUAACUUCUGACCUUUUGAACUUUACUAACCUUUGACCUCUGUCUGAGCACUGGCCUCCCAGCUCUCCCUAUCCUCUGAGGUGUCGUGUCUUCAUGCUGAUUCGUUCUGUUUUAUUAUUUUUUUUUUUUUUUCAUUUUUAUAUAUACAAUUUUGCUACUAUUUGUUGGUCUGUUGCCAUGGCAACGGUGUGUGGUUUAGUUGCACAGCGCUUGAAUGAAGAGUGUGUCCAAAAACCAUGAACGGAGCGGACUCACUCUGAGGGAACAAGCCGCUGCAAAAGACACCGCAGACACCACAACACCGCCUGGCGUCGCACUCUCCUGCUCACAUAUAGAUACGGUUAUCACACCUUUUAUACUGUUUGUCAGAUAAUGUGUGUAUUUUUUUUUUCAGUCUGUUAAACACUGUUCUUCUGUGUGAUUCAAGGAAUGUUUCCGUUGUGAAGAUGGGUCUUCAGUAGUAGCUGCAGACUGGACUUGGCUUCUCAUCAAGUUGUUGUUUUUUUACAGCAAGGCCAAAUAAGAAUCAAAAAUCUGUCAUUUUAUUUCAAAUUACAACAUAAAGAGUUUGUCAGUGGGAUUAUAGUUUGGAGGAAAUAAGUUCUUUUGUGUGUAGCCUGACCUUUUUGAAUCCUCUUUGGCCUUGUUGUUGAAAAGUCAACAGUCAUGUCUGUCUGUGAGGACAUUUACCUCGAGUCAAGUCCCAGCUACACUCAAAGAGUCUAAAGGUUCAAGUUUGGCCUGAUUGAAAUUUAAACGAUCAACGUGGAACCAAGACUAAGAGAUUCCAUGAGUCUUCACUAACAUUUUCAAACCCUGGCUGGGGCUCUGGUUUACAUGUCACACCUCACUUUCACCUGACAGAAAAACAGUUAGAUCAGAUAUAUACUGUGGUUUUAGAGCUGUUAAAAUAAACCAGUUGGGAAAACCUAGUACUUGCCUUGUGGCAAGUUCAUUUGGGAGCUAUGUGUCAGUGUCAAAGCUAUGUGAACACAAAGUCUGAAUGUGAAUGUCGAGUCACAGUAAUAAUCAGCAUACUCAGUGACUGAAAGGUGCAUAGGAAACAUCAGAUACACUGGGGCAAAAUGUACUUCAGAUUUGCAUAUGUGUUUUUAAUCACUUGCCCAGAAGUUUUGUAUACAAACUGCUUUUGAGCAACUGUGACCAUUUAGGCACAACCUUGUAGUGUCUCUGCAGUACUGUCUUGUCUGGGAGGAACAAAAAGAUCCAACUCUACUGCCAUAAUACCCAGCCAAGUAGCCCAUGCUGGUUUCCAAUAUCUCUGCACUGCAACUGGAUAACGCUUGUAUGCAGUCAUAAGCACAUUAUAAUAGCUGAAACUUGAUUUGUUGAGUCCGUUUAAAUGAAGCCCCACAUUUGUGACUGUGGAGACUGUAGAUUGUAGAGACAUGAGAACAACUGACUGUGAGCUUUCACCACCAAAACGGUUUCUCUGGUGGGCAAAUGCACUGUCUGGGUAUGUGAAGAUCCAUGUGUACUGUUAAUGUAUGCGUGUAUACUCUGUAUGUGUGGAUAUCUGUGUAAAUACCUACAUUAUUUCUUUGUUUUUAUUUUAUUUUAUUUUAUUUUAUUUUAUUUUUACAAAACGGGAUUGUUCGGUAGGCCGAUUUCUCCAAACACAGACCAGGAGACGAUGCCAAUCAGCAGUGUUCUUACUGUCAACUCCAAACCCUGCAAAGCUACAAAGCUCUCUAGGUAGCAGUUCCUACAUCUGACAACAGUCUUUAAUCUCUGCUGUUCCACUUGCUGAUUGGAUCGUCCUUCAGGUCUUUUCUCUGGGAUAGUUUGGAGGCUGCAAACACUACAAACAAUGCUAAAUGCAACAAGGCAUUUCACUUUAGGAAAUAAAAAAUAUGUCAGCAGGAUGAGAAAAAUUGUGCCAUUUCAAGAAACAAAAAAAUGAGGCAAAAUAAUAAGAACAAACAUUAAAACAAACAAGCCUCUCAUCCUGCUGGCAGAUAAAUCCCUUAGUUUCUUUAGAAUCAAACGUUCAUUUUCACAGCUACUUUUCUGGGCAUUUUUUUGUAGUGUGCUCCUCAGCUUUACUCACCACUUUCUAGGGCAAACUUUCUUAAUCCCCCUCCUCCCCUUCCCCUCCCCUCCCCUCCCCUCCCCUCCCCUCCCCUCCCCUCCCCUUCCCUCGGAUCAAUGAACCAAGCUGUUCAAAUUGUGACUAAGUUGUUGUAAAAUGCUGCUCUGGCAAACACUCCAGGGCUUCGGUGUGGCUACUUGUGAUGUUGUAUUUAACCAGUGAAAGAAAGGACUGUCCAGAAACAAAUAAAAGCGAAUUUUUCUUUAACCACGUUAUUGUGUUGGAGGCACAAACUUUUAUGAUUGUUCCUUUAAUAUCCACCAGGGACCAGCACAGAGCAACUGUGAGCCUAAUGUACUCAGCACCUUGUCCACUCAAGUCAUUUCAUGUCUUCACUG